AUGUCCGAUUAUAGGGAUUUACGGAUAUCCAUCAUCGGCGCGGGUAUGGGGGGUCUCGCCUGCGCCCUUGCCUUCGCCAAGAAGGGGUUCAAGCAUGUCGACGUAUAUGAGACGGCUUCAAACCUGGGAUUCGUCGGAGCCGGGAUCCAGUUGGCCCCGAACAUGGCCCGGGUGUUAGACCGUUGGGGCUGUUGGGACGAGAUCUUCGCUGAGGCUACUAAUAUUAAAGCCUCAAGCAUCCGCGAGGGCUCUUCGAACCGUGAACUUGUACACGUCGAAAUGCCCGACAUUGCCGAGAAGUACGGUUACCCUCACUGCACGGGACAUCGCGCAUCGUUAGCUGGUGGCUUAUAUGAGGGAUGCAAAAAGGAGCCAAGCAUAAAGUUCCAUUUUUCAACAUCGCUUGCCGACAUAACAUCUUUCGGUCCGGGCAAGACGGUGUUCAAGGCACAGCCACGUAACAGCGACCCGUACGAGGUGGAGACCGAUAUCCUACUUGGCGCCGACGGUAUCAAAUCCGCCGUACGGUCCGCUCUACUCCGCACUCUAAAUCUUAGUGGCGACGUCGAAGACACAGGACAGGCCGCAUACCGGAUCAUGCUCACGCGGUCCCAGAUGGAACAUGACCCAGAGCUCCUUGAACUCCUAGACGCCGACGUCGCGCUGCGAUGGAUAGGUGAGAAGCGGCAUAUCGUGGCAUACCCUAUUAGCAACAAGACCAUCUACAACUUAUCAACGUGCCAACCGGAUGUCAACUUUGCCGAAGCCCCAAGUAUCACAUACACGACACGCGGUAGCAAGUCCGCCAUGUUAGACGUAUACGCGGAUUUCCACCCCGUCGUGCAAAAGAUGCUAAACAUGGUGCCCGAAGGUGAGGUGUGCGAGUGGAGGUUGCGUUCGCACAGCGCCCUUGAUACCUGGAUCCUCGGUGCUGUUGCUCUGGUCGGUGACGCCUGCCAUCCCACGUUACCUCACCUUAGCCAGGGCGCUGCCAUGGCCAUCGAGGACGGCGCCGUGCUGGCAGAAGUAGUGAGCCGCACACCAGGAGGCGGUUCAGACAGGGAAGCUCUUUCUAAGGCUCUCAAAGUCUAUGAGCUACUAAGGAAGGACCGAACGACGAUACUAGUCGACCUGGCCGCGUCAUCCGCACGAUCGCUACACCUGGGUGAGGGCAAAGCGAAGGAGGAGAGGGAUAGACAGUUCGCGAUGGGCAUGAAGAAAGGAACACCUAUUCCGGAUAAGUGGGCCAGUCCCGAGGUUCAGCAUAUGAUCUACUCAUACGACUGCGUAAAAGACGCCGACGAGAGGUUCGACGAAUUGUACGCUACACUUACAGGGGAGGCUAAUGGCCAUAUGAAUGGCCAGCCGAAUAAUUACACGAACGGGCAUGCAAACGGCGUAACUGCAUAG